AUGGCAAAAAAAAAUAUACUUUUAUUUAGCGACACAUUUAAUAUCAAUGAUUGUGAUAAAGAUGGGAAAAAAUUUGAUCGCGGACGCGGUGAAAGCUUAGAAAUGGAACUUAUAAUAGAUGUCAAUACUGACCUUUAUCCUCUAGAUAUUGGUGACAGAGUAAACGUAAUUCUUACUACAUCAUUGGCUUUAGAUCCAUCAAAAGCUCAGUCAGAGGAUAUGAUUACUGGAGCAACGUCUGCUGAAGAAAUGACUCAAAAGGCGUCAUGGAGAGAAAAAUCGUCCACGGAAAGAGAUUUGUCUGAUGAGUAUGAAUAUGUCAUGUAUGGAAAGGUUUAUAAAUAUGACGAAGAAAGACGAAGUAAAGUGUAUCCUUUUAAUUUCGUUAUCAGCCCUUUUGGAAUUUGA